AUGGCAUUCUCAACAGCUUUGUCUAACUCAUGCACUCUCCAAAGUAGUUUAUUUUGUGCACAAAAACCAAAUUCACUAUCACUAAGGACAUCAAUUUUACCAACCCAUGUUGGGAACAAAAUUGUUUAUCAACCUCUAAAACAUAAUAAAGUGUUUUCACCCAAUAGAUAUGUGGGGAAAAUAAAAGCAUCACUUAAGUGGGAAAAGGGUUAUAAGAAUGUUGAGGUUUUCAGCAAGGAACAUCUUGCUGUGUCCUUGGCUUAUGAUGUUGCUCAACUUUCUACCAAGUUUACCAAAGAAAGAGGUGCUUUCACUGUUGCUUUGUCUGGUGGAUCAAUGAUCAAGUACCUUAGGAAAUUGGUUGAUUCUCCCUAUGCUGAAACCAUAGAUUGGUCAAAAUGGCAUGUUUUCUGGGUUGAUGAGAGAGUUGUCCCAAAGGAUAACUUAGAAAGUAACUAUAAGCUCGCCAAUGAUGGAUUUCUCUCAAAGGUGCCAAUUCCCCCUCUCAAUGUUUAUUCCAUUGAUGAUUCCCUACCAGCAGAUGGAGCAGCAGAUGUUUAUGAGACAACCCUAAGACGCUUGGUUACUAGCAAUGUGAUAGCAACUUCAACCAAUGGAUUACCAAAAUUUGAUCUUAUGCUCCUAGGUAAAUCAACUGCAGUUUAUACUGCACUUGAGGAUGAUGCAAAAACUGUUAAGUUGCCUGUUGAAAAGGUUUCGCCUUAUGAAGGGGAAUUGAAAUGGUACUUGGACAAAGGUGCUGCUUCAAAACUGUUCAAGGAGUAG